CUUCUGGCCGUUACUGCCAACAGACAGGGAGAGUUUAAAGAUCAACACAGCCGAACUGACAGGAUGACGCUGUGUGUAGCUGCGUGUGUGUUGGCGCUCUGCGGCCUCGUCCACACCGGGCCAGUGUCUGUCCGGAGACUCUCCGGUGUCCCACACCCAAAGCUGGACCCUGAAGUGCACAUGAACAUCUCUGAGAUCAUCAGGUAUUGGGGUUACCCUGCAGAGGAACAUGAGGUGCUGACGGAGGACGGGUACAUCCUGACGGUCAACAGGAUCCCACAGGGACUCAAACACACCACAGGCGUGCGCCCGGUGGUCUUCCUGCAGCACGGUCUCCUGGCCGCAGGCAGCAACUGGAUCACCAACCCCCCCGACACCAGCCUGGGCUUCGUGCUGGCCGACCACGGCUACGACGUGUGGAUCGGGAACAGCCGGGGGAACACCUGGUCCAGGAGGCACCAGACCCUCAGCCCAGACCACGAGGACUUCUGGAGGUUCAGUUAUGACGAGAUGGCUCUGAAGGAUCUUCCUGCCGUUAUAAACCACAUCCUGAAGGUGACGGGUCAGGAUCAGAUCUACUACAUCGGACACUCUCAGGGAACCACCAUAGCAUUCAUAGCGUUCUCCACGCUGCCAGAACUGGCCAGUAAGAUCAAGAUGUUCAUUGGUUUGGCUCCCGUAGCGACCGUGGCGUUCACCUCCAGCGCCAUGACCAAACUGUCCGUCCUGCCCGACUUCCUCAUCACGGACCUGUUUGGUAGGCGGGACUUCCUGCCCCAGAGUCACGUGAUCGAGUGGUUUGCAGAACACGUGUGUGCGAAGCUGGUGCUCAGCGAGCUGGUGUGUGGAAACAUCUUCUUCCUCCUGUGUGGCUUCGACGUCACAAACCUCAACAUGACUCGGAUACCGGUUUACACCGAACACUGUCCUGCUGGGACCUCGGUCCAGAACAUGAUCCACUGGGCUCAGGCCGUUCAUGGAGGGAAGCUGAUGGCUUUUGACUUUGGAGCUGCAGGAAACAUGAAACACUACAACCAGUCCACUCCCCCUCUGUAUCGCGUCCAGGACAUGAAGGUUCCCACCGCUCUGUUUUCAGGGGGACAAGAUACAAUGGCGGACCCCAAAGACGUGGCAAUCCUUCUCACUCAGGUGCCUAACCUGGUCUUCCAUAAGCACAUUGAACACUGGGAACAUCUGGAUUUUAUUUGGGGUCUGGAUGCUCCUAAGCAGAUGUUUCCCUCCAUCCUGAAGCUGCUGCAGCAACAAGAACACCAGUAGAGGGCGCCACUGAGGGAGAGUGUGAGAACACACACGUUUUAACUACAAUCUGGGGACCACUGCCUUAACUACCAUCAGAGGACUGUGUGUGUGUGUGUCUGUAUGUAUGUCUGUGUCUCUGUGUGUGUCUCUGUGUAUGUGUGUGUGUCUGUCUGUGUGUGUGUGUCUCUGUGUGUGUGUGUGUGUGUGUGUGUGUCAACUGUUUUUUCCAAAACUAAAAAUCAAGUCUUUUUAAAUUCAAAUAAGCUUUAUAAGCAUUAACAAAAGUAAAAGUACUCAUCAUGCAGAAAGGCUCCGUUAUACUCCAGGUGAUGAGUGAAAAUUAUCUUCUUUUUUUUAAAUUAAAGCAUUAUAUUUGGUACAGUUUGGGGCACUAAACAUUUUCAGAAAUUGAACCAUUGCAAAAACAUGGGCAUGGCGGCCGUUUUACUCUGCGAAUGCAACAGACAUGAUAUGACAACGUCUAGCCUCGGAGGUUCUCAGAAACAGAUUUCCUCCUUCAAUGUCACAGAAUUUACCGUUUACUAUCCACCUGAACAUUAUAUGAUGUUGCACAUGGUAUCAUUGUCAUCCUUGACCAUCAAAACCGUAGGGCUGCCCGUCUUUGUCAAUUAGUCGACUAAUCGGUAGUUUUGGUCUUAGUCGACUAAGAUUUCUUUAGUUGAUGAGUCAUUUUUUAUGCUUAUUCAUGCUUAAUUACUCAUUUCCAAGAAACUUCUGAGCACAUUUCUGGUGAACACACGAUUUAAAGUGGUGCUUUUGCAGGAUUAAUUGUGGAGAAACUCAGUUUUACAGAUGGUUAAUUAACUACAUUUAUAUUGUGCUUUUCUAUUCUUAACCACCUCUCAAAGCUUUGUCAAUUACAUCAACUUAUCGAUUAGUCGACAAAAUCAUCUAAGUGUCAGUUGACUAAGAAUUUCUUUAGACGAGGACAGCCCUACAAAUCAUCACCUGUUCUGUGUUAUCUUUCGUUCUCAGAAAGCUUCUUUCCGUCUUUAAUAACUAGACCGAACAACAUGAACUAGACACUUUAAAGCUGCUGUUUUGUAUGUUUUAAAUAGGGCUGGACGAUUAAUCAAAAAUCUAUCAACAUCAAAAUUCCGAAGCUGUUAUCAACAUAUUUUUCCCAUGUUUCCCUGUUGAUGGUCCUACUUUCUCCUUAAAAACAUUCUGUCACAUGUGUAGUAACGUGACUUUGCCCGGACCAAUCAGACCCAUGAGAACCUUAACGGAGGAUAACUCAAACAGAGUCAACUGAUCAACUUGUUCCCUAUCAGUCUGUCUCUCUCUCUGACUGUCUCUCUGUCUGUCUAUCUGUUUUCAUGUUUGGUUCAG